GCCUCUCCAUGUGCCCGCUGCGAACUGUCAACAUUGACUCGCUCCGACCUCCGAAGGAGAAAGCGCAAGUGUGUAUUUCGGGGAAAGUGCGAGCCGAAAGCUCCUCGUCACCAUGAAGGUGGUCGGAUCUACGUGCGCCCUGAAGAGCAAAGUGGGCGGCGACGACAUGGUGCGCUGCUUGUCCGAGCAGAGCCUCGCCAUCUCCAAGUGCAAGAUCCCGCUGCUGGACGAGCAGAUGAGCGUCUUCCUGCAGGACAUGAACAGCUGCUACAGCAAGCUCAAGGAGCUCGUGCCCACCCUGCCGACCAACAAGAAGGCGAGCAAGGUGGAGAUCCUGCAGCACGUCAUCGACUACAUCUGGGAUCUGCAGGUGGAGCUGGACGAGCCCGAGAGGAGCCGCGCGCACCAGCCGGGAGCCGCGCAGGCUCGCACGCCGCUCACCGCGCUCAACGCGGAGCUCGCCGGCAUCGCCGUAGACAACGCGUGCUCGGACGACAGGAUCAUGUGCCGCUGAGAGCUCGGCGCAGCAUCUUCAGCUUCACGAGGCUUUUCCUAAGAUGUCAUCGUGCAGCAUCCGCGGAGACCUUUGAACUGUUGUUAGGGGAGGGUGGGGGGUGGUGGUGUGUGUGUGUGAGGGGGGGGGGGGGGGGUAACCGGGGUCGUUCACGUGCGCUCCCAGAAAAACAAAAGGGCGACAAGCGCUGCGCGGACGUCUUCGAGUUGGAGAGGAUGUCGAAGCAAGAAGUCGCUCGAGGUUCUCCAUUCGUCCGAGGGCCCGGAGGGAGCGAAGAAGCAUGCAGAUGAGACUGGACUGGCCGGCCGGACCGAGACCGCAUGGGUCCGGCGCAACCGGCGGGUCCUGUUGCAUGUUCUACAACGCUUCUGUUACAUCCUUCUAUCGUGUGCAAAAACAAAUAUAUAUAGAUAUAUAUAUAUAUAGAGAGAGAGAGAGAAAGAAAUCAUUCCACAAAUUUGUAUUUUUUUUAACUUUUUUUAUUCUCAGAUUCCUGAGUGACAAACUGUAUUGUAUAUUACAAUGCCACAUUACAUGUGAACAUAUUGUUUUCUUACAAUGUACAUUUUAUUGGUGAUUUUUGUUUUUUGGUUUGUUUUUUUAAUUAAAACAAGACAAUUAUUUUUGAACAAGC